GCCCGGAGGCGGGCGGCUCAUUUGCAUAAUAAUAGCGGGGUGGGGCCAGGGGAGGAAGCGCCGCGGAGCGGAGCGGGAGAGCUGGACACGGGUGCUGUCCCUGUCCCUCAGAACUGUUGACCAGAGCCAUGGCCCACAGCGCCAAGCAGCCACCAGCCGGGAUGCUACAUGCUGUGAGCAAAGCUCAGCAUGGAAACUUCCUGGUGGCCAUCAAGCAGGAGAAGGGAGAGUCAGCACGGACAAGCAGCGAGAAGCCACACGGCGAGGAGGAGCCGGUGAAGAAGAGGGGCUGGCCCAAGGGCAAGAAGAGGAAGAAGAUCCUUCCCAAUGGCCCUAAAGCCCCCGUGACGGGCUACGUGCGCUUUCUGAAUGAGCGGCGUGAGCAGAUCCGCACCCAGCAUCCUGACCUGCCCUUCCCAGAGAUCACCAAGAUGCUGGGGGCUGAGUGGAGCAAACUGCAGCUUUCAGAGAAGCAGCGGUACCUGGAUGAAGCAGAGCGGGAGAAGCAGCAGUACAUGAAGGAGCUGAGGGAGUAUCAGCAGUCAGAGGCUUACAAAAUGUGUACAGAGAAGAUCCAGGAGAAAAAGAUCAAAAAAGAGGACACGGGUUCUGCAGCAGUGAACACCCUGCUGAACGGGCACCCACACAAGGCUGGUGAGUGCAGCGACAAUUUCUCCACUUUUGACGUGCCCAUCUUCACAGAGGAGUUCUUGGACCAAAACAAAGCCCGGGAAGCUGAGCUGCGGCGCCUGCGGAAGAUGAACACGGAGUUUGAGGAGCAGAAUGCCAUCCUGCAGAAACACACGGAGAGCAUGAACUGUGCCAAGGAGAAGCUGGAGCAGGAGCUGGCCCAGGAGGAGAGGCAGACCCUGGCCUUGCAGCAGCAGCUCCAGUCCGUGCGGCAGGCCCUGACCGCCAGCUUUGCCUCCCUCCCCAUCCCUGGCACUGGGGAAACUCCCACACUGAGCACCCUUGACUUUUACAUGGCCAAACUGCACAGUGCCAUCGAGAGCAACCCCCUGCAGCACGAGAAGCUGGUGGUGCGCAUCAAGGAGAUCCUGUCCCGGAUAGCCAGCGAACACUUGUGAAGAGGAACAGUCCCUCUCAGAGCCCAGGGCCGGCCGGACCACAGCCCUGUCCCUUAGGGCUCACACAAGGGACAGUCAAUGCUGGUGGUCCGG